AUGACUGAUGCCGCGAUAGAGCCGCCAGCUUGCGUUUCUAAAUUCAGCUAUGAAGGCUGCCAGAUCAUGCUUUCAAUGCCGACAGUCCAAGCGCAAAUGCAUAAGCCCAGGGCCUGGCAAAUGCUAGAGCGCACACCCUCAGUUGCUCAACCAAUAUCUAGCGAGAAGCAAGCCAGAUCGCCUGCUACACGUAGUGGAUGCGAGAAUGCGCCGAACCUGCCUUGGGCGACGAAGGUGGAGCUCGUUGAGAUCUACCUGGAAAAUGUCCAUGACCGACCUCAUAGCAUCUUCCAUCCGGCAACACUGCGAUCUAAUUUGCGCAGUGGCGCUGUUGGUGGAGCAUUAUUGUGUGCCAUUUGUGCUAUCGGAUCAAAAUUCUCAACAAACCUUGAUCAUCGCAGCCUCGAAUCCCGCUUGACUUCAGAGGCGAAGCGGCUACUGCAAGCGGACCUUGAAAAUGUUUGCCUCGAGAAUAUUCAGGCAAGUAUCCUAGUUGCAACCCUGAGUUCCGGGAAUUACCCAGCCUCGUCAGAAGCAUUAUUCGUUCGUAUUGCUACCAGCAUGGCCGAAAUUCUAAAGCUUGACUCGUCCUUUUCUUCUUCCGGCACCAUCACCCAACUGGAAACGGCGCGGAGAGUCUGGUGGUCGCUUUAUACGGCAGAUCGCUGGUGUUUUUCAGGACUCGGCUUGCCUCAUCGUAUAGAGGACCUCGAUGGGUCCUGUGAGCUUCCUAUGGAUGAAGCGACCUUCCGCUCGCUUUCGCCGGAACAAAAGACCCUAGAUGUUCCCUGGAAACCCGGAAUUUGGGCCCAUCUGGUCACACUUGUCCGCCUAUCUAAUCCGAUCCAGGAUUUAAAUCGCCGUGUCGCUAGAGGUAAUGCAGAUACUGCAGAGUUAGACCAAGAUUUUGCAGGGUUGGAGCAAAAGCUAGAAUGCUGGAGAGAAAUGCUUCCAGCGGAUAUGCAGUUCACCAUACAGAACCUUCAUGGCUAUCAGCAUAAUGGCCUGGGGGGCCCGUUCAUUUCUCUUCAUCUAGCAUACCAUCAUUCAUCAACACUGCUUUAUUUCCGUUUUCUGGAAGAUAAGCAAAAUCCACAAUCAAAUUACUGCUCCUAUGUUGCCCGCUGCAAGCACCAUGCAUCAUCCUUUAGUAGCCUGCUUCAACUUUCUCGCCAGCUGGAGGGGUGUGUGUCCAACUGCCCCACCAUCGGCCAUAUGACGACUGUCUCAUCAUCGGUCUUACUGCAUACCAUGCUUUUCGGGGACUUGGAAGAGCUUCCUAGAGCGCGUCGAGAGCUCAGCGCCAAUUUCGAGGCUCUAGUAGAGCUGCAGCAAUGUUGGCCUGCAACAUCUGCACUGGUAACCACCACCCUUACCAUUAUUUGGUCUGACAACUGA